CAUUGUUUACAAAUGGCAGCCUACGUAAAGUUUUUUUCAGCGGCCUUCAGUUUUCUUCGUGUUUUCGAUUACAGAGCUGUUAAAAUGUGAUAACUAUGACAGACGACAUACAUAAACCAGGACUUUACCGCUGGAAGCGCCAAGAAGAUCCGCGAUCUUAUUCUCGCUCUCAGAAAGUAACAACAAAUAAUGACAUUCAAAAUUGGAUCCAGAAAGUUGAAGAUGCUUCAAACAGGGCAGCAGAGCAAGUAUUUGGUGUUAACCAAUAUGGUGGAAGGGCGAGAGGGAAAGCGAUUGCCAAGGCAACAAGAGAGUAUAUGCAAGAUGAUGAGCAGGCUUAUAAUGAAGCUCAAGAUUUGCUGUCACAUUGGAUGGAAGAAAAAGUGAACUUGAUUGGUGGCCUUGAACCUGAAAUAGACUGUCACUAUGAGGACGACGGUUGGGAGAAACAUGAGAUACAGUCUGACGUAAAGCGGGAAUGGGAUAAUCUUCUGGCUAAUAAUUAUGCAGAAUAUGGGCUGCCAUUGUCAUCAAGGCAAAAUGAUAAAUCUUCAAAAGAUAUAUACAACUUCGACGAGGAUGAUGCUGUUGCCUCUGUGAUGAAGAACAUGCUAGAUAAACAAGUUGUCAAGAAAGAAUUCAAGAAGGAUCUUGGACUGGACAAAUGGGGAAAACAUAAAGAUCCUCGCAGUAAGAUGGAGUUGAGACAUCAACAGGUUAAAGAGAAUAGGGAGAAACGUGAUGAAGAGCUGAGAAAAAAACGUGAGGAGAAACAGAAUCGUAAAGAAGUGCAGGCGAUGGCGAAGAGGUUAGUGAUAAAAGAAGAGCGGGAUAAGCAGUUACAGGUGAGGAGAGAGGAGGCGGAGAUACGGAAGGAAAUGACGGUGAUUAGGAAACAGAUGCAAGAAGAAAGACAGAAAAUGGAGGAACAAAAGUAUAAAGAGAGACAGGCUAAAGAAGAGAUACUUCUUGCUGCCAAGGUGAAGGUUGCCUGGGAUACUGAGGCAGAAGAACAACAAACUAUUGAAGACCAGAAAAGAUAUGAGGAACGGCAAAGAUUGUUGGCUCAGAGAAUCAGGGAAUUAGAAGCAAAAGAGGCAGCUAAUAAUCUGAAGACUUUGCAUAGACAUUUUUCUGCCUGGUACAAUUUGGUGCUAGAUCGUAGAUUGAAAAUGGGUAAAGCACGAGCCAUGUUUGACUGGAAACUCAUGCUGCGGGCAUGGAAUGCCUGGAGAUCAUACAUCAGGGGGAGACGUAUGGACCGAGAAACUAAACAGCAAGAGCGGGAUGUCAUUAAUACUCAAAGAAACCAGCAGAUUGCAGAGAGACAUAGCCGGCAGACAUUACUGCGGAAAUAUUUCAUUGCAUGGCAGGUGUGGGUACAGAGUGAACAGGAUAGACGUCAGCUAGAGAGUGCCCAGAACAACACUCGUAACAAGAUGAUGUCCCUCCUCGAGGCUGCAGCUACCGGGAAACUCUGGAACCAUGAGGACACUGGUUCAGUCAAGUCUACACCACGCAAUAGAGAAACAGACAGACAGUCAACAGCUGAUAAAAUUAAUGCCAUGUUUGAGAAUUCAAGGAAAUUACCUCCACAGACAAGUGAUUCCAUGUCAACAGCCCGCAGUGAUAUAACAUCACCAGGUCCCUCACACAACAAGAUUCCUCGUUCCCGAGUACCAAAUGAGCCAUGGCAGGUGACUCGGCGUCAUCUUAACCUGACGCCUGAAGAAAUGGCAGAUCUUGCUGGUGGAGAACCAACCUGUUCCCCUGAAGAGAUGAAUGCUAAAAUACUUAAGAAAUAUGGCAGACAACCAUGGCAUAAGAAGGAAGUGAGUACAUACGAGCACAGACAUGCCACUCAGAAGAAAAUUUUGGAGGAUCAGAAGAAACAAAUACUGGAACAACAGCGGCUCAUAGAGGAUCUCCAGUUCAAAAGCACUCAUGCGGAACUCCAGAAACAAUUAGUGGAGCAAAAACUCGUGCUGCAACACAUGUCUAAACAGAUGGCUGAUACAGAACACAACAUUGCAGAGACAGAACAGCAGUUUGAAAAGAAAACUACAAAUCAUUUAAAAGAUAGAGAAAAUAAAGAACAAUCAGGAAAGACUGUUUCAAAAGCUGAAAAGACUAGACCUAAAUCAGCUGUCCAGACAGACUCUCAUAAAACUCCUCAUUCGAACCAACGCCCACAGUCAGCUACACAAGCUGGUACUAGAGGUCAGAGGUCACACAAUGAUACUGGCCCAGAAACAUCACGGACAGGUGCUUCCACAAACAGAACUGCUCCAGUGUCUGCAAGGACUGAUGUUUCCAGACCGUCCUCGUACACCAGUACAGCCUCGGAGAAAUCUAAAUAUCUUCAGGUCCUCAAAAAUAUGGAUGAUAGGGCAGCAGAGAGGGCAAGAUUGAAAAAAGAAAGAGAGGAGAAAAGAAGAAAAGCUGAAGAAGAAAGAUUGCUGCAUCUUGAAGCUGAGGCUGAGGCCAGGAGACGUGAAGAGGAAGAAGAGAAGAAAGCAAGAGCAAUGGCGUAUAAAGAAAGAAAGAGAGUGGAGAAACAGAGGGAAGCGGAGCGACUGUUGCAGGAAGAGAAGUUACGACAGCAGACGGAAAUGGCUGACAAACACUUUGAGAAAUCUCUACUCAAAUAUAGAGGUCUUAUACCUAUGAAGAAACUUGUGGUCAUAGCAAAACAAGAAGAAGAAAUAGCAAAACAACAUUUUGAAAAAUCUUUACAAAGGAAAGUUUUGUUAGCAUGGCACUACCAUGUGAAGGAAGAAUGGAAGGAGAAAGAAUCUCUGGCCAAACAAAUGUCAGAUUUCCUGGCAAUCAAACAUUGCUUCCAAAACUGGAGACUGUACAAACAUCACAUGAUUAUAGAAGAACACAAGGCUAAGAUGCAUUAUGAAAUGAACAUUAAAAAUAAAAUACUCCAAGUUUGGAGGGACUAUGCAAAUGAAGAAAAAGUUGCAUCCUGGGAAAAAGAUAGAAGAGCUCGGGAACACUAUAGGAGAUUGUUAUUUAAAAGACAUUUUACUGCUUGGAGAAAGCUUCCUGAAGAGAUUGAGAAAGAGAAACUUCGAGAAAAAAGACGUGCUGAGUUACGACAGAAAGUGGCCUCAAUUUUACCAGAUUUUGAACCUUCAACAUCAGUUGAUACCAGCAAAGACUUUCAUAUAUGAUAUUUAUUUAAUCAUAUAGAAAAAAAGUACUUUAAUAUUUUGAGAUAAAAAAUUAUUUUUGCGGAGAACGAAAUGACAAAACAAGAAGAGAUGUUUGGGAGGAUAUUUUCAGAUUGUGUUCUUCAACGGCAAGAAAAAUGCCUUCAUUGCUGCCAUUUUCAAACUUCUAGAUUGGGUUUAUAUUAUUCAAUGAAGAAUUAGCAUUCCUAGCUCAAUAUGGAGAGGGCAGAUCUACGAAUUGCGGGGUCAUGAGUUUGGUCCACGGGCGAUGUGCAUUUUCUCUGUGACGAUUUGAGAUAAGGCAUUGUGUCUGAAAUCAUUCGUCCUUCACCUCUGAUUCAUGUGAGGAAGUUGGCAGUUACUUGUGGAGAACGGCUUAGUACUGGUGGUACAAAAUCCAGGAACAUUGUUUAAGUUAACUCUCUGCCAUUGCAUAAAUGAAAUCCAGUUGAAAAUAUGGUGCUAAACCUGAAACAAAAACAAAAAAUCAAACGAAGAUCCAGACACCUAGGUUGUUUCUGUUGUGCAUAUUCUGUUCAGAGCUGAGUGCAGAUAAUCUUAGUUGCCUCAAAUAACUGGCCCUUUGCUGCUGCUGGUUUAAGCUCUACCAGAGUGGACUAUUCUGAUAUUGCAUGCAUAAGGAAACAUCUUCAAGCAUAGGGAAUGCUUGUAUCUCAAAGUUUGACCCCUCUGGUAUCGUACAUGAACAUAGAAGCUUAUAUGUUACACCAAAAAUAACACUUAUCAGUGAUAAAAAUCACUGAAUUUAUGUUCAGUUCAAAUUAAUAAUGUAACUUCCUUCAAAAACAUAUCAGCCAAUUUAAAGUUAUUGUCUUUUGUAUUUAUUUAUUAGAUUAAUGUAAGGUACAUCUUAACUUACAGCCUAAUGGUUCAGUCAAUGUAUUUAGUAAUUUGCUCAAUACUUGUAGAUUUUUAUAAGAAUAAAUAUGAAAAAUGA